AUGCUGCUCGGGGUCUUGCUAUGCGCGGGGCUACUGGCCUCUGGCGUCCUGGGAGACUCCCCGACAAUCUCGUACGGAUCAAGCUCUGCUGGACUGAUGGGCUCCGCGAGGCGACAAGUCUCCUCCUCUCUUUGCGAGCCCCCAUCGGACUUGAAAAUUGUCAUUGGGAACCUGGUUGCUUCGAAGCCAAACAUUGAUGCGUGCUUGCAAAGAUGUCUUCCAGAUGUCUUGAGUCCUUUCUCACAAUAUGCUCUGAGUUCAUUCACGGUUGCGACAUACGUUUGCCCUGCUACAACUACACCACUGAUAGCAACUCCUCCUCCUUCCCUUGCAAAUUUCACUGGCAAUCACACAACCGCUGCCUUAGGAUCAGUAUCACCCACGAAUUCUACAACAGCAGAAGCGACAACAUCAACUACUCCUGCACCUGUGACUACAUCAACUACUUCUGCAUCGCUUGGUUCAGUAGAGAAUACAACCAGCAUACAACAAACGACAAUUGCUGCGACACCAACGGAAAAUUACACCAUCGUGACUGGCAUUAAUUCGACAGCUUCCAAUACUAGCAUUGCUGAUACGACAUCUUCUGCUCAAACAAGCACCACCGUGAUUCCAUCGACCAGCACUUCCCCUUUGACAACUAGCACAGUCGAAACGUCCACCCCCGCUCCAACCAACACCUCGGGCAUUCCAGUGACAAGCAAUUUCUCUAUACCAAGCGUGACCCCGCCACCUUCGAUAUCCUUCACCGGAACAUGCACGACAUGUCCUGACUACUUGAUACAAUUCAUGACUUGCAUGUGUAGCAGUUGCUGCCAGACCGUCAAGGACACCUUUGACAAGAUUGUGUUUCCUGCUUCCACUUUCUUGAGCUCCACGUGCAUGAAUGCGACUUGUUCCUACGUCCCUCCUUUGCUGCCAACGACUACUCCUAUUCCUACUACUCCUCCACCUGCAGCAGCGCUCUCUCCCGCUCUCAAAGCACAGGCCGAUACAGCAUCAGCUGUCGUCGCCGUGGUGGUGGCAGCGACUGUUGCGGGAUCUGUGGCUGGUUCUGUAGCAGGUGCGGUUGCCGGCUCCUCGGCUGCCCCUGCUCCUGGUGCAUCGAUCUAUCAGCUCAUCGGAGCGACGCAAUUCAUGGGAUUGUUUGGAAGCAUGCUCGACGAUACUCCAGUCCCCUCCAGCACAGCUCCACCUACCAACAAUCGACGAUUGCUUGCAACUGAACAAAAGCAAGAAAAUGAAGGACAGGCCUUUAGCUCCGCCUUUGCUUGGGCAAACCUACGAUUCGAUGGCAUCUUCAGUUUGAAGAAGGAUACUUGUGCUGGUGCGUACAUGCAAGGCUACUUCGGUGUGGCGGGGACGUUCAUCGCCGGGCUAGGAGCAGCUCUCAUCCUCCGCCUUAUCUUGCUACAUGGGGUCUCUCGGAUCUUCCAAAACGUUUCUGGUGCGACUCCUGCGAAGCCGCCCAAGGGGAUGGGCUUCGGCGAGCACGAGCUGCACGUGGUCAAGACUUCUCACCUCGGCCUUUGCCAGAUCACAGGGAUCCUCAUGGCCAUCGGCAAGUACGCCUACUGCCCUUGCGGUUGGCUCAACAAAGCUGCGUGGGCGAUGGCCUUCAUGUGGUUGAUCAGCGUGCCAGCCGGAUUUCUGGUCUUCAUGGCUUGGUACAUCAUCAAGAGCAAGAGGAACAGCGACAUCACGUUCAAGCGCAACGAAAACAGCUGCACAUGGUCUGAAUUCUUCGGCAAGGUGAUGGCAGCCAAAGGAACGGCAGAAGACUUCUGUGAGCCGAACGUGAUCUACGCCUCUUUCAAGAUUCUCUUUGGAGUUACCGGGGUUUUGUUUGUGCUGCUUGGUCUACGAGGAAGCUUGAGCGGCAAUUACAUAGAGUGCAAUGCAAGCGCUCGCUGCACUUGUGUUGGGGAUGAGUGCGCUUUGACCAUCGUCUUCUGGAUCCUCGGCGUCAUUAUCGCCUUUCUUCCACCCGCACUGAACACAAAGCUUGGACGACACUUUGUGAUCUUCAAUACGAACCUUGUCUCAGCAGCUGUUGGCAAGAAAUAUGUGAUGGACAGCAACGGAGUUGUCGAUGAGGUCAAGACAGGCGGUACAAACUGCCUCGCGCCGCUUUUAAAUGUUCUGGGAGAUCUCGUUGCCAAGUUGAACACCAUGACAGAUCCUCGUGUGCAAAAAGGCCUCCGAAAUCGAGGCAAGUGGGAGAAGAAAGACAACUUCUCCAUGUUCUACGAGGAGUACAACGAAUAUGGUGGAUACUUCGCUUGCUUCGUCAUGCUCAAGAACUUGUUCAUCGGAAUCCUGCUCGUCACUGAUCCCUUCCCUCUGGUGGAUCCGACAGCCAAGGCUUGGUGCAUCACUGUUCUCUUCCUGUCAGAGGUGAUCAUCUUGUUCUUCUUCUCUCCCGACAUCGACGCAAUCAACGGGCUCAAGAUGGGAGUGCAGCAGCUGCAGCAGACGGUGAUCAUGCUGAUCGCCACCCUGACUGUCAGUGGCAAGGUCAACAAAGACGUAGGAAUCUCAGCUGUCAUCACCUUCAGCACCAUCCAAGUCGUGCUGGCCAUGCCCGAGCAGAUCUGGGGAGUGAUUCGCUCCUUCGUUGCUCCUGCUGCUAAACCAGGGAUGAAAGGAUUUCCCAUGACAGCCACGGAGCUGAGGGCCAAGAAGCUUGCCUCGACAGGCAUCAUGCAGAAGUAUCACCUGGCAAGAAGCUCCAUAUCCGACCUGAAACCCAUCGGAAGCUCCCUCAUGUCCGGUAAACUGCCGGCAGUCUUCACAGAGCUCUUCACCAACGACAAGCUACUGCUCAAACUCAACACCCUGAAGCCUGGCUGCCUCAACCCGUUCUUCAAGCAGGUGUUCGAUAUGGACAUGAUAAGGGAAGGCCUCUCAACCAUCGCUGAAGAAGUCACCCUCCUCUCAAGCCACAUCAACCAGCUGCUGGAAGUUGAAUGGGAAUCAGCUUCGGACUUUCUUGUGGGCAUUCAAUCGUUCUUUGGGAUAAAGAAUUGUUUAGAGGGAUUCACAAACGUCUUUCGUCAUUUGACAUCUGGCGACCUCAAAGUGGCGAUGCAGGCUUGCCUGGAGUGUCCGGAUCUGCUCGUGUCUCUUGAGUCCCUGGCGACUGAGAACGGGGUGAUCUCGUCCUUGGAGGAGAUGCUCCGGAAGAUCAUGAAGCAUCAGUCCAUACAGAGCUGCUUGGCUGAGUUGGAGUCCAAGGUGCCCGAGCAGAUCCUGCCGAGUUUCGAUGCUCUCGCCGAGAUCGACUGGGAAGCUUCAGGCAUCAUCUCAGAGUUCGCCGUCGUUUGCGGGAGCAUCAUGAACGACUUGAAGCUCUUGGAAGCUUCAGUCAAAGGGCAGAUGGAGCUGGCCUUCUCCUUCCCUCGAGAUAUCUUCGCGCGACUUGACGGGAACAUGGCCAUUGACGCUUUGAAGACCGUCGCUCUCUCCAUCCCUGCGCCCUUGGACCAGGCCUUCUCCAAGAUGCUGGAGCUGCAGGCGCUUAAACCAGCCAUCACUGAGCUUCUGGCAAAGCUAAACGUCUCCGACUUCCUUGGAGCCAUUACCGUCUUCUUCAAAGACCCCAAGGUCUUCGACCUUCUCGGUAAGUUCCUGCCCACGAACAUGCUCGAGGAGGUCAUCAAGAAAGUCUGGAUGGACGAGACUAUCCUAGCAAGGCUAAAGGCGAUGAGCGCAAAAUUUCCUGUCAUCUCCCCAGAGCUCAACGCGCUGAUCAAGUUGGACUUCCAAGCUCCAGAUCUCCUCUCGACCUUCACAGCCAAGAUGAGCGAGUUACAGCUGGCGAUCAUGAAGCCCGAGUUCAACAUCCUCAACCAGAUCUCCUUCCCUGGAGACCUCCUCUCCUCUCUCGACCCUCGAGUCAUCGUGGGCUGCAUCGGCCCCAUCCUCAUGCCCCUCGAGAAAAUCUUCAAAGUCAAACUGCCAGAUCACCUGCAAGACAUGCUCAAGAAUGUCGACGUGCCAGCCAUUGAGCUCCCUAAGGCCCAACUCCCUGACUUCCAAGUUGUCAUCAAGAAGAUCAUCGGGAUGAUUGACCCGGAGCAGUUUACAGACAUUCUCGAUGAAAUCAAGAAUUCCCUUCCCGGCCCUGCUCAGGAGCUCAUGGGGGGGGCCUUCACUGCCGCCAAAGAACUUUCCGCUCAGAAGCCAGAGGUACCUCAGAUGGACCGGGAGGCGCAAAACCUUCCAACCAAGGCCUGGUGGAGAUACCCGGAGACUUGGUUCCUCAGCUUUAUCGGACUCUGCGCCGCCAUCACUCUGUUCAUCAUGGCUGCAAUGGCUGCGUCCAGUGACUGUGGUUGCGUAUGCAAGGCGUAG